AUGAUCGUCAUCAUUUUUUCUCUACUUGUGAUCUCUAUAUGUUUGAACCCUCGAAAUCCAGGUGAUAAGAAUGGCACCACCCUGCGCUCUCUUUAUUACCCUCCGGUGAAGGCUGAGAGCGUGAAGGAAGGUCAGCUCCGCUGUGGUGAGCACUCAGACUAUGGCAGCAUCACUCUUGUCUUCCAGAGCCAUGAGGCAGGCCUGCAGGUCCAUAGAGUUCUACUGCCUUCUGUGGGUGACUCAAACACAAGGCAGUCAAUGGCGUUCUUCGUGCAGCCGGACGAUGAUGCUAUCGUUAGCUGCUGUGAUGGCUCCAACAAAUAUCCUCCGGUGAAAGCACUGGAUUAUCUACUGCACUUUGGGAAAUCCAUCUCAGUUGCAGUGUCUCGGAAAGGCUAUUUUGUCACAACCCACAGUUUCCUGUUCAAAGAAUUGCUUUCACAUAUAAUUUCGCAGACACACACUUACACACACACACACACACACACAUCAUAUCAUCCAUCUCAUCGACUAUUGUUUUGGCAUCGGCUUUGGGUCGGCUCAGCUAAAAGGAUGUAUCAGGGAUCAGGGAUAUUUAUUCUCCUCCUUCUGAAUUUGGGGGCUGCCGAGGCCAUGGCAGAAGGCGGAUUGUGUUAUAUCCUCGAUGGGAUUUUGAUUAUCUACGGCAUUGUGUUGACGGUCCUCUACUGCAGACUGAGGAUUCGUUCUGGAAAUGUGCAGCCAACUGAAGAGAAACCAGAGGGCAUCUACCAGGGUUUGCAGCAUCAAAACCAGGACACCUAUGAGACGCUCGGUGUAAAGAAGCAACCAUUGUAGUAACUGACGUUAAAUCUGAUUAAUCUAAUAAGCAUUUCCAUUUUUGUUGUUUAAUAGUGGUUACUAACAAGUACAUAUGAUUUUACAGCUUGCUUUUGCUGCAUUAAAUGACAAAUAUUCUUUUUUUAUUGGCAAAUAUUUAUCGGCAAAUUGGCAAUAUUCCUUUUAUUUUCCAUAACAUACUCUGAAAUUACUGUAAAAUAUAUAUAUUUUUUAUAUAAUUAUAUUAUUAACUAUAAUUUUGAUAUUGCAGACAUGAUAAUAAUUAUGACAAUAUUAAUAAAAACACAGUGCUUUAUAAAUAUUUAAAGGUAAUACAUGUACAGAAAGUAGCCCUUAAUUCAAAUAACAAAAAACAACAAAAAAAAUGAUGAUAAAACUAUUAGAUGUGAAUGUGUGUGAGAAUGAUGUCCAGCUUUCCUGUCAUAGUACUAGUAACAGUUUUGCCUACCGUGGUCAGACAGUUCCUACAAAGUUGAAUUCCUGUCUCAUUCCCUGUGGUCCAGAAUGAAUGAAUAUUUUGUAAAGAAGCAGAAGAAAGAAAUCAAAAAUUAAGCCUUGACACACCCAAAAAGAAGAUUGCUCUUUGAAAAAGACAGUGUAUGACCACGGGUAUAGUUUAUCGGGCAUAGAUAAGUCAGGAAGAAUAAGAGCGUGAAAGCAGUAUGAAAGCACUUUCGGAAUGGGUGUCACAUUGAUUUUUUUUUUGUUAUUUAUAAAUAUCUUCUGUGCAAACUAACACAAUAAAUUAUCCUUUGUCUUAGUGGCAUGAAAACAACAGCAUUCAACUGUAUGUAGAUUACUAUGGUCCGCUAAGUUUUUAAAGCAUGUUCUUUUUAAUUAUAUUAUUAGAAUUUUAUUAUUAUUAUUUUUUAUUAUUUUUUAUUUUUGUUACAGAUAUAAUAACCCACCAUUAUAAUAGCUCAUUUCAAAGACUAUUUAUUCUAAAAUGAUCUUAAUCUCAUAAAUCUGUUUAUCCAUUCAUUGAAUUCAGUAAGCUUAACAACAACAACAAAAACAAGUUAAAUAGGCAUUUUUAUUGAUUUUUUUUUAUCGGGAUUGGACACCUUGAAUCCAAUUUGAUUAUUUAUAACCAUAUUUUGUUCACAAAUAAAUGCAUACAUAAUAUCCCUAAAACAAAUAGGUUUAUAAAUAAUUUAAUUGGAUUCAAGUUGAUUUAAUUAGCCAAUAAAAAGCUAAUUAGAUUAUUAUUAUUAUUAUUAUCAUCAUCAUCAUUAUUAUUAUUAUUUACACAUAUAAUAACCCACCAUUAUAAUAGAUAAUAUUAAAGACUAUUUAUUCUAAAAUGACCAUGUUAUUAAUCUGUUUAACCAUUAAUCGAAUUCAGUGGGAUUAAUAAUAAUUUAAAAGAUUAUAAUAAUAAUCAUAAGUAAAAAAUAACAUUAAAAAGAGGAAGAAGAAGACGAAGAAGAAGAAAAUGUGAUUAUUUAUAACUUGUUUUUUUUUUAUAAAGAUUUGUGAACCAAAUGGGUAUAAAUAAUCAAAUUAGAUCAAAGAUUCAAAGUACACUAUAAAAACAAAUCGUUAAAAUAUAAAAUAUUAGAAUAUUUUAAACAAAUAAUAUUUGUGCUUCUUAUGAUUCUUAUGAUCAAUUUAGUAUAUAAAUAAGGGGUUAAGAACAAUUUUGUCGAUGAACAUGGUCAUGUGUACAGCCACUAGAUGUCACUGUUGCCCCGUGAGGAAAAUUUUUUUUCUUGCUCUCAUGAAUGUAAAUCUAAUAAAAAAAAAUUAAACAUUU